AUGUAUCAAUUUGAUUUGCUCUAUAUGCCCCAUGACAAGUUGUAUGGAAACACCUAUAAAUAUAUUCUCACGGGCAUUGACGUAGCCUCGCGGUACAAGCCGACAAGGCCAUUGAGAACGAAGAAAGCCAGCGAAGUCGCUGACAUGCUCAAAGACAUAUACAAGGCCGGACCUCUGCGUUAUUCGAGUAUAUUCCAUUGCGACAACGGCUCCGAGUUCAAGUCUGCCGUGAGCAAGCUUCUAGAAAGCAAAGGUGUCGAGAUCAGGAGGGCAACUACCAAAUACCACCACACUUACACGGCGUUCGUCGAAAGCUACAACAAGGUGCUCGCGGAGAAGCUCUUCAAACCUCAAGAUGCGCAAGAGCUGGUCACUGACAAGCAAAGUAGUACAUGGGUGAAACAUUUGUACACUAUCGUGAAAGAUUUGAACAACACCAAGACAGCCAUGAUUGGUACGAAACCUUCGAAAGCGAUCAAACUGGAGGUGCCGCUUGCGAAAAGCGAAGGCCAUCCUCAAGACAAACCUCUACCUGAUGACGGCCUAUACUUUUAUUUGCUGCAGCAUGAGAAGAGCAUGGUGAUGCUAAAAGACGAGCAACAGAUGCUUGGUGGAGCAAAAAGACAUGGGCCUGAUCGAAGCGUUGUGUCGGAGGAGCUUAUGCUAGUACCAGAGGGUGUUAAAGUACCUCCAGAGCAUGUAAAAGAAUGCGGGGAACUUGCUCAGUUAAUACUUGUAAGCGUAUUUAACGUGAACCUAUGGUUCACGUUAAUACCUACUCGAGCAACAUCCCUUUAA